AUGGGAAAACUGGCAUUGAACGGAGGAGAACCGGUCGUUAAACGCGCGCUGGGGAAGCGGUGGCCAAUCUUUGAUAAGAAGGAAGAAAAUGCACUUCUGGAGGUCUUGCACAGCGGGGAAUGGAAUCGCCGUGAUAAGGUUGACGAGGUGGGCGAAGCGUUCGCAGCUUACCAAGACGCCAAGUACGGCAUUCCUUUGGCAAACGGCACGGUCGCACUACAAUGCGCCUUAAAAGCGGCGGGCGUGAACGCGGGGGAUGAGGUUAUCGUUCCGGCGUUGACUUUUGUCGCAACAGCUACGUCGGUGGUGCUGGUCAACGCAGUGCCGAUCAUGGUUGAUAUUGACCCACUCACUUAUAAUAUCAGCCCCGAAGUGAUUGAAGCCGCCAUAACGCCCAAGACGCGAGCCAUCAUUCCCGUCCACAACGGCGGGUAUCCGGCUGAUAUGGAUGCGAUCAUGGAGAUUGCCGACAAACAUGACCUUUGGGUCAUUGAGGAUUGUGCACACGCGCACGGUUCACAGUGGCGAGGUAAGGGGGUUGGCUCCAUCGGUCAUUUGAGUACGUUUAGCUUUCAAAUUGGGAAGACGCUCACCUGUGGGGAGGGCGGUAUGGUUCUCACAAACGACGAAGCCCUUGCGGAAAACGCCGCUCGCUUCGCGAAUCUCAACAUGCGCAUGACAAAUCUUCAAGCCGCGCUGCUGCUAUGCCAGCUAGAGCGGUUCGAUGCACAGGUCGAGACACGGGAGCGAAACACCGCCCACCUCGUUGCGGGGCUGAAAGCAAUCAAGGGGAUUGACCCGAUUCCGCGAGAUGACCGUGUCACGCGAUGGUGCUUCUACUAUUGGGAUUUUCGAUACAUCCCGGACGAGUUCGAUGGCGUUCCAAGGGGCCGAUUUUUGGAGGGACUGCAAGCGGAAGGUGUACCGUGUGGCGUGGGUGCUCAUGGUCAGCCCAUCUACCGGGAAGGUCCCUUCGCUGACAUAGACCUCUUUGACCAGCUUGGAUGCGCCCGAAAGGGCUCGCUUUAUGAAGGGGAAAUUGAUUACAGCAAGGUGUAUUGUCCCAAUGCGGAAAGGGUUUAUGCAGAAGAAGUUUGCAGUUUCUCCCAUGCGCUGUUUUUAGGUGGUGUGGACGAUAUGGAGUGUAUCUUGGAGGCGUUUCACAAGCUCCGGGAGAACGCCGAUGAAUUGAACUACUAG